AUGACUGCAGAAAUCGAAUCAUUACGAAAUGAGAUAGCAAACAUGAGGGCGAGGGAAACUAGAACUGAGCAUGGACCUAUGGCUGAUGUUAGCGGAGAUCGGAAUCUGGGCAAUGGGGAUCAGGAACCAAGGGCGCAAAGCAAAGCACAGAGAUCAAUAUCCCCGUCAGCCGGAGGCGAGGAAGGCGAAGCAGCAGGGUAUAAUCCGGUGGAUAGCUUGCAUAUGAACGAUUCUGGGCAGAUAUCGUAUAUGGGACCAACUUCAAUCCCUCUCUCAGAUCUUCCAGCCAGGUCAAUAGAGCAUAAUUACGACUUUUCAUCCUUGCUCCCUUCCUCUUUCCCAUCCAGCCAACCGGACUCCUAUUUCAGUCUCAAUACUUCGGCGCACAAUGAUCUGCUCGACCUUUACUUCAAGUAUCUGAACGGUUGGACCGGCUUCGUUGACGAAAUAGGCUUCCGCACAGCGCUGGACGAUCCCACACACGCCAACCAUGCGUACACUCCGUUCUCGCACGUCUGCAUACUUGCCAGCGCGUCUCAUAUAUCGGACAACAUCGAGUUCCGAUCAAUCGCUCCGGGGGAAAGAAGCGUGCGCUUCGUGAAUGCUGCUCUUCAGAUGCUCGGUAGAGAGAUCGAAUGUCCGAAUCCUUGCACCAUAAAUGCCGUAGUGCAGUUAGGCCUCAACGCAUUCGAUUCUGGUAAAAGCAGUACAGGCUGGACAUUAGCAGGACUCUACAUCCGGAUAAGCCAGGGUCUUGGACUCGGGGUCAAUACGUCCAAGUUGGUGGAACAGGGCAAGAUGGAUACUUUGUCGCGGCGAGCGAGAGAAGAUGGAUUCUGGACGGCGUAUGUCGACGAUACCCUGACCUCCCUUUACUCAGGACGUCUUCCAUCCAAGGAGCUGGAAGACCACGACAUACCCUUACCGGACGCAUCGCCAGGACCCAUUGAGGAUUGUACGGGCACCCAUCCGAUCAUGGAGCUUGCCCUGGUCACUAUCUGUGCAAUUGCGAGGAGAGUGAUGCAUUGGUUCUAUAGCAUACGUAAGGAGAGACCGAGAUACGCGGACAAAGUGCAAGUCAUGAGAAGCGAUCUGGAAGCUUGGGGCAAGAGAUUCGAUCCCCGUGCCGCAGACCCGCCGCGAAGUCCGACAUCCCCUUCAGCUAUGCAGCAUCAAAUGCGACGCGCACCAGUCACGAACUCCCAGAACUUACAUGUCGCCGGGUCGUUCUUCAUCCUGCUUUUGGCCGAUCUGUACGAUCAGCCCGACAAAUCGGUCCAGCGUAGACAGGCGGAGGAAGGUCUGGAUCAUGUAGUGAGCUACUUAAACCUGCUUGCGGGCUCAUGGGCUAUAGCUUCACAAGCACUGGAGGCAAUUCAGAAGAUGCGGCAUGAGUACGCGGUCAAUACAGAUCUCGUUGAUACACAGAACAACCUGUGGCGAAAUGCUCUGGCGGAAGACAUACGACUGACGUUUGAUAUAGAAGAGUUUCUCAGAGGGGAUUUGGGUCUGAAUCUGGUAGACCUGGGUGUAUUCUCCGGUGAUCCCGACCUAAGCAUAUUUGACGAGCUGGGCUGA